UGCCUCAUUUCUGAUGGAUCUAGUAUUUAUGUGCUUUGCAGUUGUUGAAAAUAAAUCAUAAAUCAUACGACUGCCGAUCAACUCACGACAAGUAUUCAAGGACAAAUAUGAAUUCGGGAGUUCUGGUGGCCCGGUCUCUGGUGAAGCGCGUGAGCCGUGACCAAAUCUACCGUCUGGCCUCGAACCAGCGGCAUUUUGCAUCGAUAGCCUGUCCCGACGCCCACAAGGGGGGAAAGGGUCUGGUGUUGGGCCUGUACGAGAAGGAGUCGGGAAAGGGGACGCGCCUGACGCCGGCCGGCGAGAAGUUCGACGACCGUCUGCACGGAAAACUGAACGAGCUGAUAUGCGAGUCGAAGAUCAGUGGUCGCCUGGGACGCGGCAAGGUGUUCAACAACGUCGACGAGGAAUUCCGGUCGGUGUGCGUGGUGGGCGUUGGCAUCGAAGGGAUUGGCUUCAACGAACUGGAGAUGCUCGACGAGGGCAUGGAAAACGUCCGCGUGGCCGCCGGCAUUGGUGCCCGGUCCCUGCAGGCCGUAGAGUGUAUUGAGAUCCAUGUGGACAACAUGGACUACGCGGAGCAGGCGGCCGAGGGCGCAUCCCUGGCCACUUGGCGCUUCGAGGAGAAUUUGUCCAAGAAGUACCGCUCGAUCCAGCCCAAGCUGGAGCUAUUUGAUUCGCCGGAUACGGACAGUUGGACGCGAGGCCUCUUCAAGGCGGAGGCCCAGAACAUCUCGCGCCGAAUCGCCGAGUCUCCGGCCAACUGCAUGACCCCCACCGCUGUGGCCCAGGCCGGCGUGGACUUCCUCUGCCCGUGCGGCAUCACCGUGGAGGUGCGCACCAUGGAGUGGAUCGAGCAGCAGCAGCUGCACUCAUUCCUCACGAUUGCCAAGGGCAGCUGCGAGCCUCCCGUCGUCCUGGAGCUCGCCUACUGCGGCACCUCGCCCGAGGACAAGCCGAUCCUGCUGGUGGGCCUCGGUCUGACCUUCAAUUCGGGCGGCAUCAAUCUGCGUCCGUGCAAGGGCAUGGAUGAGUUCCGUGCCGAUUUGAAUGGAGCUGCGAGCAUCCUGGCGACCAUGCGAGCGGCUGCCGCACUGUCGCUGCCCAUCAACAUCACGGCCAUCCUUCCGCUAUGCGAAAACAUGCCCUCUGGCAUGUCCGUGAAGCCGGGCGACGUGGUCACCCUCCUGAACGCCAAGAGAAUGGCGAUUCGCAAUAUCGACCGUGCUGGCGUGGUGGUCAUUGCGGAUCCAAUGAUCUAUGGCCAGACGACGUACAAGCCCCGUCUGGUGGUCGACAUUGGAUCCAUGUGCAAGGGCGUCAAGAAGGCCGUCGGCGGCGGCGCUACGGGCAUCUGGUCCAAUUCGCACUACGUCUGGAAGCAGUUCCAGAAGGCUGGAUCGCUAACCGGAGAUCGAUUGUGGCGUUUCCCGCUGUGGGAGUUCUACAGGCGCCGUGUGGCAAAUCACCUAAGCUUUGAUCUGACCAACGAUGGUGAUGGGCUGGCCUCAUCUUGCCUGGCGGCCGCCGUGCUCCACGAGCUGGUCCCGUGCUCCGAUUGGGCGCAUCUGGACACCUCUGGCACUGGGCUAAUGUCGACUUACGGCCUGGUGCCAUAUCUCCGAGCGGGCCAAAUGACAGGACGCCCGACCCGAACUUUGGUGCAAUUUCUGUACCAGUUGGCGUGUCCCGGCGAGUAGUGCGGUUCUACACAAUCAUAUAUUUUUUAUCAAUGUUUCAUUGUUUAUUGUUUCUGACAAGACAACACACACACACACACACACACACACAAACAAAUGCAACAGGGCAACAGCAGCAGAAUCAUAACAAAAUUUGAAGGGGUCCAAAAAACAAACAGAAUAUCGAUGUACUAGUAAAUUAUAGAAUGUUUUGGCCUAAACACAAA